AUAAUGACUCAUAUUGAUGACAGUGUUUUCUUGCAUCUUUCACCUGUUGCUGUUGUGUUGUUGUUUGAGUUGGAUCACUUCUUAUUUUCACAAUCAGUAUUCAAAGCAUCUCCUCAGAAAUUAUAUAAUUUAUCUUAAUCAAGCUACUAUGUCAUGCUUUCUCUUGAAAUCAAUAGACAUAUUUAUUUAUUUCUCAUGUGAUGGUUAUAUAGGCUAUUGAAAGUAUGUUACUGGAAAGUAAUUGACAAUUUAUGGGAAAUGGUUUUACCUUUGAACUUAGUUCACCCAGACUGUACACUCAGUGAUGCCUGACAGGCUAAAAUAGACUGGAGAAAGCUAUACACUGUCACUAAGGAAGUAACGUUCCAGGAAGGAGAAAUUUACCCAAGACAGGCACAGGCACAGGAAUGUGACCUAAAAUAAGAUAGGCUACUCAGAUCAAGCAUGUGGUAAACCAUCAAUCAACCAAAAGAUACUGCAUCUGUGUAAAGAGAGCCUACAGGUGGUGAAUAAAAAAACAGUGCUAAUGCAUAACAUUAUUAGCACUAUUAAUACAUUAUUUAUUAAUCCUAUAAAUUCAUCCAGUAACCUUACAUUUGUCUGAAGCGUGAAUGAACUGUUUUCAUUUUUCCUGCUAACAAUAGACCCAUGAUGAGCACAUAUCUUCAUGAUGACAUCAGUGGGGUGAUCCUUAAAACAACACGCCCCUGUCCUGUCAGCUGCACAAUCACUAUAGGCAAAUGUAGGUUGACACCUGUGUCCAUCAGAGGACAUCAUAGAGCUCUUCUCUCCUGACAUCACUCUUAUCUGAGUUUCAUGGUAGUCUUACAUACGUGAUAAAUACAUUUAAACUCAGGUUUUUGUCGCAUAGCUGACAAGGGCAGGUCACUGCACAUUCUUUUGUGCAAUCCUAUCUUUAACAUGUUUUCCUAAGCAGAUGCACACAUAUGUCUUGGUGUUUUAAGGAACUUAAAUUCCCUGACAACGGGAGCGUCGAUAGUUUGGUCUAUUUGGAGUAUUUACCCUGGAUGAAACUUCAGUUGAAUUGGCUACCACGCCUUAUCCACCCAUUCUAUUGAAUCGUCGUUUAACGUCGACUUCGUCGGGUUUCCAGUCCCUCCCACCUGGCGUCUCAGUCAUUGAGCAGGUGAACAAGUGUGAAACUGUUAAGUGUGUCUCAGCAUAGGGCAAGAGUGUUGUGUACAAGGACUGCCAAAGAAACAGGACCCCGUUAACUUUAGAAGAAUUACACUGACAGUAGCGCUUUUCUGGUCAAAAUGCAAUGGAACGCUGCUAAUUUUCGGAACGGGAUUUCGGUUUCGCCGUGCGUCAGUUGACAUCAGCGAACAACUUGUAAUUCAAGAUUUCAUUAACGUGGAUUAAACUGAACUGCAAAAGAACUUCAUUUUGGAUACACUACAUUGCAAACAUGAAUCCGUAAACAACUCACCUGUAUUUAAAGGCAUUUCCAGGUGGCCGAAGAUAUUAUGGGGAAAUGUCAACUUACGAUGGAUCCUGUGCAGGAGUGGGCUGAUGAGGUGGAAGACAACGUUGUAUAUGGGGUCACUCUGCGCCGUGAGCCUGUCCAGUCACCCACGGAACCAGCAGAGGACCAGCCCGUGUUCAGCUGUGUUCAGUACCGCACCCAUAAGGUCCGCAGGGUCAAGGCGGCCACCUUAGACCGCCUGGUGGACCAACUACUAUAUCCAGAAUGCCAGGACCCCGACUACAGCCGCAUCUUCCUAUCCACUUACCGAGCCUUCACCGAGCCCAGCACCCUCAUCCAGGUGCUUUUCCAGAGGGAUGAUAUGGUUGUUAAUCUGGACAGCACCGUCUGCCUCCGGAGUCCCCUGCUGCCCCUGAUCCACAUGUGGCUGGAGGAGCUCCACGAGGACCUGCGGGAGCCUCCGCAGCACCCCACCCUCAGGCUGCUGGUCAGCCACCUCCGCCACCGCCUCUGCUUCCGCCGCCUCGCCUGCCAGGCUAAGGCCCUCCUCAAGAAGUUCCUAGAGGAAGAUCGCCAGACCGGCACUGCUGCCACUGCAGCUGAACCCAGCGCAGCCACACCGGACGAGGGAUCGGGGGUUCUGAGCAGCGAGGUCAGAGCCACUGAUCUACCACUUAACUUCAUGGACUUCACAGCACAGGACAUCGCAAUGCAGCUAACACAACUGGACGCCAAGCUCUUUGUCAAAGUGGUGCCAUUCCACUGUGUGGGGUGCGUGUGGUCCCAGCGAGACAAGAAGGAGAACCGCCACAUCGCCCCAACGGUGCGUGCCACCAUUGCCCAGUUCAACGCCGUCACCAACCGGGUGAUCACCUCGCUGCUGUGCCACCCCCCUGCGCCGCCCGGCGCCUCUCCCCGCUGCUCGUCCAGCAGCCCCACACAGAGGGCCAGGGUCAUCGAGAAGUGGAUCUCUGUGGCACAGGAGUGCAGGCAGCUGAGGAACUUCUCCUCCUUGCGAGCGAUCCUAUCUGCACUGCAGUCUAAUGCAGUCUACAGGCUCAAGAGGACCUGGGCAGCGGUCAGCAGGGAGAGCCUUGAAGCCUUUGAUCAGCUGUGUGAGACGUUCCCUGAUGAGAACUGUGUGCUGACCAGCAGGGAGAUCUUGGUCGAGGAGGGCAGCCAGUCUCCAGAGGAGAACCCUGCUGCUCCCAAGUCCCCCAAACUCUGUCCUCUGUCCAGGCAGCUUGGCACCAGCAGCGGAAUCAUCCCCUACCUGGGCACUUACCUAACCGUCCUCACCAUGCUGGACACGGCGCUGACGGACACAGUCGAGAGCGGACUCAUCAACUUUGAGAAGCGGAGAAGGGAGUUUGAGAUCCUCGCCCAGAUCAGGCAGCUGCAGGCCUCCUGCUCCAACUACAGGUUGAAGCCGCACCCCCACAUCUGCUCCUGGCUGACCGAGGGUAGUCUACUCACUGACCAGCAGAGCUAUGAGCUGUCUCGAGGCCUGGAGCCCCCAGUGGACCCCUGUCCUGGUUCUCCCAGAUGGAGUCACCGCCUCCUCACCAAGAAGAUCUCCUCGUUCCUGAGCCACAGUGAGGGCUCGGGCAGGAAGACUCAUGCCGACCAGAUCAGCGUGUCCUCGUCCGGCUCCAGCGGCUCGGAGAUGGAGGACCUGUCCAGCCCUAGCUCCACGCCGCUCCAACUCAAACUCCAGUCUCUGUCCAGCUCCUGUCAGAAUGUGGCUGAGGACUUCACCCCGUGCUCAUCUGCGUCCCCCACUCCGUCCACCUCCUCCUGCAGCUCCUCCCAGGCCGAGCUGACCCCCCUCAGCCCCGACAGCUCCUCCUCCUCCAUCUCCUCCUCCUCCUCCUCCUCCUCCUCUGCCUCCCCACCGCCAUGCGCCUCCACCCAUCCGGUCUACAACAAGCAGGUGGCCGACUCCUGCAUCGUCAGGGUCAGCGUGGAGUUUAGCACCAAUUGCAACGUCUACAAGAGCAUCCUGCUGACCAGUCAGGAUAAGACGGCACAGGUCGUCCAGAGGGCUCUGGAGAAGCACAACCUGGAGGGGAUGAGUUGCCAUGACUUCAGCCUUAGUCAGGUGCUGUCCCAGGACAAAGAGUUGCUGAUCCCAGACAAAGCCAACGUGUUCUACGCCAUGUGCACGUCGGCCAACUAUGACUUUGUGCUCAGGCAGCGCUGGCGGAGCCACAGCAGAACUCUGGGGUCCUCCUCUAGCCCCGGCGCUGUGGGCCGAUGGCGGCACGGCAAGUGAACGCCACUGCUUGUCAGGGCGGCCGUUAGUGGUCACUAUAGCUCAGGAGCACCCCCUGCUGCUCGUUUGUGCAACUACAUGUGGUGAAGCAGCGCACGCAUCUGUCUACCUGAGCAGCUGUGUGCACACUGUGCAUAGUUAGAAACGUUUAGUGUAAAACAUCAGGUAAGGGAUCAGAUAAUGCUCAGAGCUCACACUCACAAAGAAGGAAAGGAAAGGACAUGGGAAACGUGCAAUGACAAGAAUAGAAAAAGAAGAAGGCACAAGUCUCUUGGGAACUAACUUUGGAAUUCGACAGAAAAGGAUACAAGUCGGAAUGGUUCUUAUUAAAAAGGACAAGGCUCUGUUCAGCAAUGAUCCCCAUAAACAUCUCAGCACUUUAGUACACUGCUGGCAGACCACUGCACUAGCUGCUCUCAUUCUGCAGUUUGCUCAGUGGAUGGUGUGAAGGAGUGGCUCGUGAUCUGAAGUGAAAAGAGCAUUCUGGUGAAGCGAGGUCUAGUUUAUAGAGAACUGUUUUACUCUGCAGUGAUUCCCACAGUGUGGUCCAAGCAGCAGGCACAUUGCCACUUUGUAAUAGGCAAUGCGACGGACCUUAGCGAUGGGACACAGACAAAGACCUCAAAGGACAAAGAAAUGAGCAGUGAACUCUGGUGCAACUGGGCAAAUGUUGGAGUGAGUUUGGCCACACAACCGUCGGCCGGAGAGAGUGCAAACAAGCAGACCAGCAAAGGAAUCAUGGGAACUGCUUGUGUGACCAGACUGAUGGUCCAGUGAGGGACUAAAAUGGUUUGAUCCUUUCUCUAACACAAACCUGCAAUAUGCUACUGCUUUUAGGCUAAUAAUUAUUACUGAGAAUUAUAAAUAUACGGUUAAUUGAAGAGAAAUUUAUAAGUAUCGAAAAAUGUUUGAGACUAGAUUUUUUUUCAGUCUUAAUUCAUUUUAAUGGCAUUACAUUUCAGUGUUAAUUUUUCAGAAGUAUGUUUGCGAAAUGUGAAUGCGAUCGUUUUUGCGAAUGUGAUGUUUUUGUUUAUGUCUGUCAGCUAAUGAAAUUCAUGCUUUGAGGACCUUUUUUAAACUUUAAUUAUAACAUGAGUAUAAAUGAGCAGGACAUGCACACCUAUGUUUGGGACAUCCACCAUUACUUGUGCACUCUGUAGUGAACGAGUGGAGGUUCUUAACACAGGGUGGACUAACCUAUAACUAACAAGGUAGCAGCACUGUCCUGUGUGUGUUCAAGUUCAUUCCAUUUGUGUUUAAGGAAGGAUUUUGUGUUUAAUGAAGGAUUUUGUGUUUAAUGAAGGAUUUUUUUGUUUUCAGACAAAAAGCCAACACAAGCUAGAAAUGUAUGUUCUCUGAUGCCUCAUAAUGAGCUUAUCUAAAGAGUAAUGUGAUUCGGAGAAGCAGAGUGACCAUAAUGAGUUUAUCUAAAGUUAUGUGACUCGGAGAAGCAGAGUGACCAUAAUGAGUUUAUCUAAAGUUAUGUGACUCGGAGAAGCAGAGUGACCAUAGGAAUGUGCUUGAGCGAUACUGGACGUGUGUUUUGAGUGUUCAUGUUUGGUCGCUGGAAUCAUGAAUGAGGUCAGCCAGAUGAUUGUGUAAUAGAGCUCCGUGUGGUCAGAUAUAGAACAGCGGUGGUGAAGCAAAUUCGCGCAAGUGACGUGCAAACAUGGUUAAAACGGUUAAAGUCUCUCAAAUGCACAAAGGACUUCUACUUCAAAUGCCAGCAGGAUGCCAGAAAGGCUUUGUGUACUGUAUGUAGUAACUGUAUGUCUGAAUGGUUUGUGUGUAAGGUUAAAUUAUUUCAAGCACUCUUGCCUAUAUUUUAAACUAUGAAAUAUUAAAUAAAAGUUAAUAUAACA